AGCCUGGGAGCUGCCCUUCUCUUGGGGGCCUCCUCCGUCCUCGCCGCCCAGGCCACCUGCUCUCUCGACAGCAAAUGCCCCGAGGAUACUCCCUGCUGCUCGCAAUAUGGCGAAUGUGGCGUCGGUGCAUACUGCCUCGGCGGCUGUGACCCUCGCAUGUCCUUCUCCCUCGACAGCUGUGCCCCCGAGCCCCAGUGCGUCUCCAAGUCCAUGACUCUCGAUUCAACCGACACGAUCGUGAGCGAGGACAAGUAUCUCGGCAACUCCUCCGAGUACGAUUGGGUCUACUCGGACGGUAGCCAGGUCUUGACGUACAAUGACAAUAUUCUCCUGACCAUGCCGGCGAACUCGUCCGGUACCGUCUUGGCAUCCACCGUUUACAUGUGGUAUGGCAAUGUCAAGGCCACCCUAAAGACCUCGCGUGGUGCUGGCGUCGUCUCUGCCUUCAUCUUGUUGUCUGAUGUCAAGGAUGAGAUCGAUUUCGAGUUCAUUGGUGUCGACCUCGCCACCGCCCAGACAAACUACUACUUCCAGGCCCUGCCCGUCUAUACCAACUCCAAGAACAUCACCGACCUCUCCGACACGUACAGCAAUUUCCACACGUACGAGAUCGACUGGACGCCCGACACUGUCACCUGGCUAGUCGACGGAGUCGCAGGGCGUACCCUGAAGAGGACUGACACCUGGAACGACACCACUCAGAACUGGGACUACCCGCAGACCCCAUCCCGCGUUCAGCUCUCCAUCUGGCCAGGUGGUGCCUCCGAUAACUCCAUCUACACCAUCGACUGGGCCGGUGGCGCCAUCGACUGGGACUCGGCCGACAUCCAGCAGUACGGCUACGACUUCGUCACCGUCCAGUCCGUCGAGAUUUCGUGCUACAAUGCUACCUCCGCUCCUGGCACUAAUGAUGCCGAGUCUUACUACUACAUUAACGACGCCGGCACUAACAACACCGUCGUCAACGGCCAGAACAGCACGGUUCUGGCGAGCUUUGAGGCCACUGGUACCGACAUGGAUGCCGGU